AUGUACCUGACCACUGUGUUUGGAAACCUGCUCAUCAUCUUGGCCGUCAGCUCAGACUCCCAGAUCCACACCCCCAUGUACUUCUUCCUUGCCGACCUGUCCUUUAUAGACAUUUGCUUCACCUCCACCACUAUCCCCAAGAUGCUGUGGAACAUCCAGACUCAGAGCAAAGUCAUCACCUAUAAAGGCUGCAUCACACAGAUAUUCUUUUUCUUACUCUUUGCUGGAUUAGAUGACUUUCUCUUAGCUGUGAUGGCCUAUGACCGUUUUGUGGCCAUAUGUCACCCCCUGCACUACAUGGUCAUCAUGAAUCCAAGUUACUGUGUACUGCUGGUUCUGGCAUCCUGGAUGAUGAUUGUCUCCUUAUUUUAUUGUACGGCCCUAGGAGUUUACCUUAGCUCUGCUGUUCCUCAGAGUUCAUACACAAAUGCAGUAGCCUCAGUGAUGUACACAGUGGUCACAUCCAUGCUGAACCCUUUCAUCUACAGCCUGAGGAACAGAGACAUAAAGAGAGCUCUGAAAAGACUUAUCUGGGUUCCAAUGAUAUGA